AUGUCGACUGCAUGGCAACGAGUGUUGCGAGCGCUCGUUGUAGCCUCCGUUAUCAGCAUCAUACUCAUCUACUCGGCUCGACAGUUUGGCCCUGCGCCUGCCCACACGCCAAUACGUGAUCGCCCAGAUGAUCAGCAUAAACCCUUCCAGCCGCCAGCGCCUGAGCCUGAUCAAGAGCCUCCAUCACUGAUCUCGCACCCACCACCGGUCGUACCAACGCUGGCAUCAUCCUCGACAGGUACACCGGGGACAAAACCUCCCAGCACGUCAUCAGGUACGCCAACAACUUCUGCAGCAAUAACGACACCGUCGUCACACUCUGGAAAUGCCAACGAAACAAUCCCUGGGAUUCCUAGCAAGAUAUGGCAAACAGCCAAACAUGCGAACCUCAGCAGUGAGUAUGCCGACAUGAGCAAUACAUGGAUAGUGAAGAACCCUACUUUCCGCCAUGAGUUGCUCACCGAUGAGUCAAGUGAUGACUAUGUGCGUAGCCGUUACCCUGGCUCAGACAUCGUAGCUCUUUAUACCAGUCUCAAAAUUCCCAUCCUCCGAGCCGAUAUGCUACGUUAUCUGAUCUUGUUGGCUGAAGGUGGCAUCUGGGCUGAUCUGGAUACUACAUGUGAGCAGCCGGUAAGCAACUGGCUGCCAAGUGAGAUAUCCAGUUCGAACAGCAUCAUCAAGGCCGGCCUAGUUGUUGGGCUCGAACCUGAUGCCGACCAUGGCGGUAAAAAGAUCCUCACCAAUGCGGUGUUGGCAGCACAGCCCGGUUCCAAGCAUAUCAAGGCUGUUGUGGAUGAUGUCGUGCAUCAACUCCUUGAUAUUGCAAAGCAAAAGGGAGUCGGCCCCGAAGGAAUCACACUUGAGAUGAUCAGUGACGUUGUCGAGGUGACAGGGAGGAAGAAGAUGACCGCAAAGAUCAUCGAGUCACUUUCCAAGACGCUGAACAAGGAGAUCAAGGAUGGUGAUCUGGUUAAGAACGGCAGCAACGAGCCGCAGUGUCUUGACGACAUAAUAAUACUUCCCGUCCCCGCAUUCGCCUCGUAUAACAACCCAACGCCCCAGGGCCGAGUGCUUGUGACGCACCACCACGCAGGCACAUGGAAGAGCGCUGCCGAAGAUGCCAAGAAGAACCGCGAGAAGCAGCUUCAGGAGGAGGCAGACAAGCUGAAGAAGGCAGCCGACGAAGCAGAGAGGAAGCAAAAGGAGGAAGCUGAGGAACAAAAGAAAAAGGAAGACGCUAUGAAGAAGUCAAAGGAGGAUGGAGAGAAACAGCGUAAGGAGCAGGAGGCUAAGGAAGAAGCCCAGAGAAAGGCUAACGACAAGCAGUAA